GGAAAUCGUUGUGGGAAUAACCAAGCAAUACACUGCCUCCGAUGUGGUCAGUAUGGCGUCGACCAUUCAAGCAAACUAUACCGACCUUUUGAGGGAACUAGAACCUCGCGAGCUCAUAUUCAGACUAUUCGAAAACGGAAUGACAGAUUGGCAAGAGAAGAAAGUGCUUGUUGAAAUGCGAACGAAAGGGUGCAGCAAAGAGGAUCAAAAUGACGAACUCCUUGAUUAUCUUGGCAUUAGACCUGUAAGCCGUAGCGUAAUGAUUGAAGCCUUGGAGUACUCGAAACAAUCUGACCUGAAAGAUAAAAUGUUGCCGUAUAAGCCAUAUCCUGCUCUCACACCGAGACCGUACCAAAAACAGACUAUCGAAGUACAUGAAAAGCACAUGCUUGUUGGAAUACAAGUGAAGGAGUGUAGCAAAAAGGAUAAAAAUGGCAAACUCCUUGAAUAUCUUGUUGAAAAGGAAGUUGGACAUACAACAGAAACUGCCCAAUCGAUGUCAAGCACCUAUGGAGAAGGAGAAGCAGGCAUGUCCCUGUUACCAGAACUGGCCUAUGAGGACAAUGAGGGUUCUGCCAAGGUCAUUAAAGCGGUCCAAGAAGGUAAUCUUGCAGUUUUACAGGAAUUCGAAGCAUAUUUCAAGAGCAAAGGUUUCGACUUUAAACACUUUCCAGUGAAUCCACUGAUUAUUAUAGCAGUGUUUGGUUCACCAGAAGCAGUUGAGCAUGUACAGAGUUGGAGUUCUACUACAUUUAACUGGAAUGAUCAACUAGAAAUCCCAGUGGGAGUGUUUGAAGGUUUAUUGGACGAAAUGAAAGACAGAAAAGCUACAUCUUUGUUUGUUGCAACAUUUCUGAAGAAACCAGUGAUCGUGGAAUCCCUGAUUAAGUAUUCAGACGAACAGAACAUUGCCUACUGUAUGAACAAUAUACAACUCAGCAACCCGAUGGAGAUUUUCUUCAUGGCAGAGGUUGGGGAACGCCUGAAAAAGGAAUAUCGAGAAUUGAAACCUUCUGUUGUACCUGGUCAUCAGAGAGAGGCAAACGGUAGAUUGGCCAGAGUAUUUAUUGUUUAUUCUCCAAAAGUGGUGCACGUGACCAAUCACAUAAAGGACGGGAUAGGAUUGGUGAUGAUUAGAAACCCUUACAGGGUUGAUGAUGAAGCAAUGACCGUGUCAAACAGCAAGGAAGUAGACGGUGAUAGUUCCAAACAGGACAUGGAAAGGACCAAUAAAGCCAUUGAAUCGCACAGCAAGACUCUGUGGUGUAAUCACAGCAAUCUCAAUAUUAUCAGUGUUUGCACCGUACGGUCUAAACGUAAGGGAGGCGCAUUGGAGAAGUGUCUGUGUGUUGUGCUAUACUGUAGUACAAAAGGAGUUGUACCACUUGGGGAAAAAGAGUUUCCUUCGACAUUAGCCUUGGGAGAAGACGAUUCUAUUGACAUUGAUGUCCGCGAAGGAUAUUUUGAAUUUGGUGGAUAUCCGACAAAACCAAGCACAAAUCACCAUGACAAGCUCAAAAUGGGAUGUAACAUAGGUGCGCUGCCUUCACAAAAUGGUUGGGGAACACUUGGUCCGUUUGUGCAGUAUAAAGGUACAAUGGGUUUCCUGACAUGCGCUCAUGUGUUGUUUGAUGUCGCUCACCAACACAGUGUGGACUUCACCGAUAAUGGAUCCAAUCAACGUCUCGUCGUACAACCCGCUACAGAUGCUUCCUCCAAAAGUGGUAACCCAUGUGGAUUUGUACACAGGGUAAAUUUUAACCCAAGUAUGGAUAUCAGCAUUGAUGUUGCCGUGGUGACCAUAUCAGAUGAAACACGGCGACCCAAUAAAGGCAGAUUUGCUAAUGAUCACAGUUACAAGUACAGAGAAGCAGGAUUUGAUGAUUUACCGGAAUACAACAACGGAGCUAUAUUACCAGACAUUAAAAAAUUUGGUACAAGCAACUUUGUUGUCAAAUUCGGAAGUGAAACCCACCUGACAAAAGGUUACUUGAGAGUGGACGGUGCACAAGUGCGGCCCUUGUCCACUGCCUUAGGACUGCCCUCCAUGAAGGCCAAAUUCUAUAUGAAAAACCAGUAUGAAAUUAUAGGAGACAAAUCAGGAAUUAACAUUUUCCAGCCAGGUGACUCUGGAUCAGCAGUGUUUAUGUUGGAAGGAACAUCUUUACACUGUAUAGGGUUAGCGAUCGGGCGCACGACUCAUGGUACCGCCGUAGUCACGCCUAUACAAGCAAUCUUAGCCGCACUUGGAUCAGACGCUGAUAUUGAAAUUCAGCGUUUCAAUGAAUUAUGAUAGCAUGUGUUUGUGCCCCUUCUUAUCAACUUCAACAUGCAUAUACUGGAUAUCUGAAUAAUACCAAUAAUGUUAAGCUGCAGUAACUUUUCAUGAAUGUUCAAGAGAAGAUACAUCCUUAAAACAUUAUUAAGCCUUAGUGUUUCCAAAAUGGCGGCCCGCAUGGAGGCGCAAGACGUUUUCCGCUGGCACACAUUUUCGAAGUUGAUGAUUAUUUAAUUCACUGGUUACAAGAAAAUGCCAAAGGGAGUUACCGUGAGAGCUUCGAUUUUAUCCUCGUGUUUGCGAUGAGAAACUUGUUCUCACGACAAAACCUGAAAACAUAGUGUACUAAUCUUUAAAUAUCACAUAGUUUGAACUUGGAAUGACAUUCAUUGUUCGAUGUAUUAUCCACUUUACCUUAAGCCUUUAUAAUAUAUUGUUAACUGAAAGCUUCACCUGUCGACAAAUCUACACAACUGUUUGCUAUAAAAUGUACAUUUAAAAAAAUAUUAAUUUACUGCUUCUUCUGCAUAAUUUAAUUUCAUUGAAGACACAGUGUUAUCGUUCUUUUCACUUUAUCAUGCUUUAUCAGAGUUACUUACUUUUAUUACCAUUUUUUGUAUGGAUUUUUCAUGAUGGAUUCUUCUAAAAUCCAUUUUUAUGUCUAGUGUAAUUAGACAAGGUUUUCAUUAAUUUUGCCUUGAUGGUCUAGCAGAUCUGCUAUUCUAAGGAUGUUGUUGUUUAUCCAGUUAAACUUUCUAUAUUGAUCCCCCCAUAUCAAUUCAUUUGCAAUAUCUGUAAUACUUUUAGGAAGUGGAUUUUAUAUCAACCUUUAUCUAACCAGGAUUUGGAAGAUAUCCUGGUAAAACAAUGGUAAUUUUGUAUAACCGUCCAAAUGUUUUAUAGUCUCUAUAUUCUCUGAGAAUAUCAAGAUAGUAUGCUCAUAUUGAUUUAGGAAAAACUUUUGUAUAACUGUCCAUUGACUCAUUAUCAUCCUUUAUUAAUUUUUGAACCCACCCACACUGAAUAGUUAGAAUGUGCGAUGUCAAAUAUAGCAUUUUGUAUGAUAGGUAGAGAGUGUUUCAUCAUAAUUCGUUGUAGUACAUGUAGUACUGUAAAAUGAUAAGUAAGUUCAGGAAUUAAAAGUGUUUUAGAAAUCUGUAUUGGUCUAAUUAUGGGCAGAUUGGUCGAGUGGUUAACACUCCGGCCUUUCACGCAGGCGACCGGAAUUCGAUCCCUGAAGUCUUCGUUCGCAUGGAUAUUCAGAGAAAGUGUUUUUCUCCUGCCCACACAGCUCCAACAACCCAGGUGGAGUAUAAAUUGGUCUGAGGUGGAUCUGGCGGUGUAUGUGCUGAAGCGUUCAAAUGAGGUGGCACUAUAAAUGAUGCCGUUGGAAGCAUGGUCCCACUACAAACAGAACGCAUUACAUCUCCAGCACACACGCAGGCAUACACACAUAAGAAGAUAUUAGCCAGGAGGCAGGUAGUUAGCGCAUGAUAAGGCAGAUCCUGCGAAUUCCUCAAAAUUGAAUUGAUUAAUGUAUAUGCUAAUUGUAUUUAUUGUAUAUCUAUGUACUGUAAAACGCUUAAGAGUUGCUUAUGUUUAUUUUCAUUUUAUUCAAUCAUAGUUAGAUUUCUUUUUUUCCCAGACUGUUAUUAACUCUUUCAGUUUUGAUAUUGUUCUUUCCAAGUUAGAGUGAAGAUUCUCGCGAAGGAAAAUCAUGCAACUUACAUUUAUGUGAAAAGAUGUGUUCGGACCAAUAUCAUUAUCUCCACAUGCACAUUAAUACUUAAAAUGGUGUGAUUGUCGUCACAAUUUUUUUUCAUAUUGAUUUAAUAAUGAUUUGUUUAUGACGGACUAUUUUCUUACGCGCAUUACCUUUAUGUAGAUGCGAUAACCUGUUCAGGACGUCACUUGGCGCAAGCAGACAUUCUUUGUUGAGAAAAAUACAUCCAAGAAUGGGAAAAUCCAUUCUUAAGUUGUUUUGAAGUCUUCUUAACUUCUUCAAAUGUAUCAUCAUACAACCCAUUGUAAUGAAUUGUCCAUGCUACCAGUAGGUGGUUUAAUAUAAUAUAUGGGUGAUAACUGUUAUAUACUACAUAAUUGUCAAAUAACUUUGUAGAACUUGGAAUAACAUUCAUUGUUAUAUAUUUACAUUUGCUCUGCAUCCUUCCAUCGCAAUGCAUUAAUAAGGCAAAUGUUGUUUUGAGACUAUUUUGAACAUUUGCUAUAGUUACAUCAUCAAUCUUUAUUAUGACGUCAUCAAUUUCACUUUCAAUACUUAAUUUGCUGUUCAAAUAACUGUUGGAAAUAACUUCAAAAUGCUGAACGACUCUAUAUCUAAUUAUAAAUAUGAACAAUGCAUAUUUUAGAAACUAUUGAGGGCUUUAUCAAGUUUGUCACCAAUAUCAAUAUGUGGUAUAGGACCAUAACAACAUUUGCUAAAAUAUUCAUUGUUAAAUGUACCUACCACUUUACUUGAAGCCUUUUUAAUAUAUCUUUAACUGAAGGCUUCACCUUUUGACAAAUCUGUACAUUUGUUAUGUAAAAUGUACAUGUAUAUUGUGAUAAAUUGGUGUUUGUAUAUCCCUAAUUGUGCCUAUUGUGUUAAGAGUAAGUAUAUAAUGAGUUGAUAAGGAUGAUGGGGCAUGUAUUUAGUACACGCUUUAAUUGACACCGGGAGGGGGGACGAUACUGAUAGCAGGCAGGCUGGCACAUGGCUGAGCCGGAGAGUUGACCUUUAAGGUCAUGGGCACUGUCACUGCUACAGGGCUGGCCUCAGUAAUAGCUUGGGGAUACCAGCGUGUGGUCCGGGGAGAAAAGGGAGUGAUCUAGUGGAGUACAGACGUGAUUAGGCUGUCUCCUGUAUAGCUUAGCUGAGGUAAAUUAGAGGAGUCUCUCGGGUGUUGUUAUGGACUAUGCUGACCGUGAUGUUGUACGUUGUAUAUAAAGUGUAAAUAAACUUGUAAAUAGAACUUUGCUGUGAAAUGUUGUAUUCUGGAAACCUCCUCCCCGUCACGUUACAAUAUACAUACUUGUAGCAAUCUCUUUGGCAUAGUUUAUAGUUAUCAAACUGCUUAUUGCUCUCAUUCAUAUCGCGAAUUCGAUGCAUACAUCUAUAGUAUAUAUGUAUAUUUUAAGGUUGUUUCAUAAAAAUGAAAUGGAAUAACGUUUUGUGUACUGUAGGUAUUAGUUUGCGAACAUUGAAGUGAUUUUGGAGAGCGCUACUUUCAGGGUAUCUUCAAUUACAUAGUGUCGGCACGGAAAUGAGAUAAGAACGAGAUAAAAAUUAUGUUUUAUCUUGGAAAUCGGCAAUAGUAAUAUCAUUGAUAUUUUGUUGACUUUUUUCAUAAUUACCUUUUUCAUUUCAAAAUAAUAAUACCUUUAUUAUAUGAUAACAUAUUUUUCUUAUAGACAGAGAAAAACGUUUGUCAACUAAUCAUGAUAUUUGUAUCCUUAUUUUAUUGUGUAAUGAAUUUCCCAUAGUGCCCAUUCAUCUGUCUCUUAUUUUCCAUUCGUACGUUUUUUGAACGUAGUAUAACAUUCAGUAUUGGCCAUGACGACAAUAGUGUAUCUCAUUGUGUAUCACGAGACUACCAGGUUGUCAGUCUAUGGCGAAAGGAAUAUAUCCAUCAAGUUUGUGUAUAUUGAUUGAUAUAUUCUUCCCCUACCUUGAAGGUGUGACAGUAACAUUUCCAACUCGAGGCGUGAUAUAUUGAUGUUUAUGCCAAUGCUCUACCCAAGGUUAAGCAACAAAAUAAUCACCCCGAUAAUUGGGAUUUCUGUUUAAACCUGAAAAUAGGGAAGAAUUAUUUUUUUCCCAUAAUUCUAAUACUAUGUUGAAAGCAAAAACGUUUUUUUGUAAACUAUUUUUGUCCUGAUUUGCACAUGAUAUCUCCAAUUGUGCGCUAAUUGUGACGUCAUACGGAUAGCUCCAAUGAAGUCAUAGUAUUGC